GGCUCCUCGUUCCGCUCUCGCCGCCCGCCUCCCGGCCGCGAUCGAGGCGGCGCCAAUAACUGAGGGCGGGCCGCUCCUCUCUCCACCGAGCCCCCAGGCGCCUCCGCCCCGAAUCUCCCCCGCACCCCGGUUGGCCCCGCGAUGGAUUUGGAUCUGUGGAUCUCCAAAGUCAAGGAGGGCCAGCACCUCGCCGAGCACGAGCUCCAGUCCCUAUGCGAAUACGUGAAGGAGAUCCUUAUCGAAGAGUCGAACGUUCAGCCGGUGAACAGCCCCGUGACGGUGUGUGGUGACAUCCAUGGGCAGUUUCAUGACCUGAUGAAGCUAUUCGCGACCGGUGGCCACGUUCCAGAGACGAACUAUAUUUUCAUGGGUGAUUUUGUGGACCGUGGCUUCAAUAGUCUGGAGGUUUUCACCAUUCUCUUGCUACUAAAAGCAAGGUAUCCAGCUCACAUAACCCUUCUGCGUGGAAACCAUGAAAGUAGGCAGCUGACACAGGUGUAUGGUUUCUAUGAUGAGUGCCAGAGGAAGUAUGGUAAUGCCAAUGCAUGGCGGUACUGCACUGAUGUUUUUGAUUACCUUACACUUUCAGCGAUCAUUAAUGGCCAAGUCCUCUGUGUUCAUGGUGGUCUUUCUCCUGAUGUACGCACAAUUGAUCAGAUAAGAACAAUUGAUCGCAAUUGUGAAAUUCCCCAUGAAGGUCCUUUCUGCGAUCUUAUGUGGAGUGACCCUGAAGAGAUAGAGACAUGGGCUGUUAGUCCCCGUGGAGCAGGCUGGCUGUUCGGAUCACGAGUCACAGCAGAGUUCAACUUUGUUAACGGUAUUGAGCUAGUUUGCCGGGCUCACCAGCUGGUGCAGGAAGGAUUAAAGUACAUGUUUCAGGAGAAGGGCCUUGUGACUGUGUGGUCUGCACCUAAUUAUUGCUACAGAUGUGGCAAUGUAGCUUCUAUAUUAAGCUUCGAUGAGAAGAUGGAAAGAGAUGUCAAGUUCUUCACAGAGACAGAGGAGAACAACCAGAUGCGAGGCCCAAGGACCGCAGUCCCAUAUUUCCUCUGACUUCAAUUGUACAAUUUUAGAAGUCAAAUGUUUUAAUCUGUAAGGGCUAAAGAUCAACCAGAGGUUGUUUAUUGUUGUAGGUUCAGAUCAUAGUGCAAUCUGAUGCAUUUGAUUUCUCUAUUUUCUUUGACCACAUGUACAAUAGACCAUCGGGAGUGCCAUAUGUUCCUGUAUUCCUUCAGUGACGCUGUCAAGUUUUGUUUCUAAUUUAUUUCACGUGCUAUUUAUCA